AAUUAUCCAAUAGAAGAAGCAUAUGGUAAAUUGAAUGGGCCGCUUAAUUUUUAAGUGAAGUUUAAUCAAGCUGAUACAUUUUAAAUAUAUAUCCAACUAAAUGUCUGCGAAUACCACAACUCCUACAUCCUCCACUAGUGCGUGCUCCAUUUCGCCGAACGGUUCAGGCAGCGGCACAGAGGAUAUACAAUAUCUACUCUAUCUAGAAACUUUACGUCGCUUUCGUGACGAUGAGCUCAACAUUAAGCGCCAAGUGGACGAAAAAACACGACAGUACUUGGAAGUUAAGGAGGAAUAUUUACAAUUAUACGCUAAAUAUGUGAAACUCACAACAUUGGCAGCAACACGUUGCGCGUUGUUAGGUGAUAACCACUUGCCUUUCGAUAAGAUAGCUGCCGCGGAUAAAGAUAUAUUAGCCAUUACACAAAAAUUGGCUACCGGCGAUGUUGUGGAAACGAUUAGUGAAAAUGCAGUCAAAGAGUGCAGGGAUAAGUUGGAAGCUUGCGAAGCACACGAGAAAUUAAAACAAUUCAGCCACGAAUUAGCCGAAAGUAAAGCAACUGUGCGUGCAGUACAAUCCUCAACCGAAACUGUGGAGGCCACUAUUGAGACGGCUACACUGCAAAGCCUCGACUACUUUGUUGAUGAAGUUGGCAAUAGAAGUUGAAAUAAAAACACCGAAAUUGUA